AGUUCAUUUGCAUACGUAAUUGAAUCUAGCGAACAGGUACAUGCAUGCAUAUGCAGUAUACAGCGAUAUCGCUGUUCUACGUGUGUAAAGGACAAUGCACCAAAGCCGAUGAAAACCAAAGUAGACUAGAAAUAAAUAAGGAUGGCGGCUUCCGAAACGACGAGUUUUCCCUAUAAACUGGAACUUGAGCCCCAGAAACAAAGUGUUUUUGUGACGCAGCUUGGAGAGCGAGGUGAUGAAGAAGAUGAUAACGUCAACAGAUAUCCCAUUGUUAAAGAGUCUGCAGGUAAGCUGAUAGAGAAUGGACUCAACACGUUACAGAAGACUCUGCUCCUGAAACGAGAAGUAGAGGUCGACGAUGUCACGCAAGAACUCCGCACCAAACGCAUCCAGUUCCAAAAGCGGAUGGAAGAGUGUGAGAAGAAGAGAGUGGACUUACAGAAAAAACAACAGUUGAUGAAGGACAGAGUGGAAAAGUUUGAUAAAUUCAUCUCAGAGACGGAAGCCAAGAGGAGAAGAGCGAUCCAUAAAUAUCAGCAGGAACUCAAAGUGAAAGAGCAGAAACAAUCAGAAUAUGAACUACUUCGUGAACAGUUGGAAGAGCUAAAAACAAGACACAACAAACUGAAUGAGAAGAUCAAGCAAUACAAAAAGUUUGAAGAAUUCCUCAUGAAAGUACUAGACAACAUUCCAGAAAACUACUUGGAAGUUAACGAUGACAUGUUGAGAAGCAUCAUGGACAGACAUCGGACGUUGAGCUUUACCAAUGAUUCCCUGGUCAACAGAGUCCAGUCCAUGUAUGACGAGGUGGACGAGAACAACCUUCACCUAGACGAGCUCAAGUACAAACACGAUCAAAGCAUACUGGUGAUCAACAAGGACCUAGCAGAGAUGCAGCAUUUGCAGGAGGAGAGGGUUGAUAUGAAUGCUGAGCUUGAGGAGGUGAUCUUCAAUGAUGCCUUCUCUUACAGAGACCAUAGUGAGACUUUGGGUAGGAUAAAAAUGGCAAUCAACAAUCUGGUGGAUAAGUGUCACAAGAAACAUGACGAGCCUCUCGAGACGUUAGGCUAUGAAGAGAAGCUUCACUUGAUCAUGAACUUUGUAGUUGAUAAGAUCCAUGUAGAGAGGAUGGCCAGGCAAGGUUUCGUUUUAUCAUCUGCAUCAUCUUCAGGCAAACGAGAGAGGACGAGAGCAAAACAAGAGCAAACAUGAGAGGUGCUCCCUUUCAGGUGACCCUUUGAAAAGACUACUUUAGAUAUCAAAGACACUUUGUGUAUGUCCGCUGAAAUUGGGAGAGUGUCUGCAUCAUUUUGUUUAUGUUGAAUGAACAAGUUAUGAUACGGGCUUAAUGUCAAGACCAGUGAUACAGAAGGGACAGUGUAUCAUUGGCAUCAGGAUUGGAGCAGUGAGAUCAAAAGAAGAUAUGAAGAGCAGAUGUCCAAAUGUAAGUGUUAAGUCAUCGUGGGCGGAGCAGAUAAUGUAAAUUUUGUAAGCAUGCAGUCGCAAUGUGUAUUACAUGCAUAUGAUGUUGUGUGUCUGUACUUACCAAGGGCACAAGCAUGUGAAUUCCCUUCCCAUCAAAUUAACAUUUCAUCUGCUAAUCUUCUUCUGGGUCUGUAACAAAACAAAUUUUGUGCUAACACCCUUCUGUUAGGCACAGAAUGAGGGGUCCCGAAAAUGGUCUGCCUUGUCUUAAAUGAAACUGCUGACAUUAAGUUUACUGGGAGAAUAGCGAAAUGGCUACUAGUAAACUAUGUAACAUAUGAUU